GCAGCAACUUCAAGGAACAUCCGGAAGGUAUUGCAAAGAAAGUUCGGCGUUGGAAUGUUGAAGUUAGUGAGUUAAUCGUCGGAAUCAUGUUCAUCGACAUACCCGAAAUUCUGGACAGCAACUUUCUAGUGACUUCAGGUCCGAUUUACGCUAUCUUACAUAUGUUAAAACGAAAUACUUUCUAUACACAAGUUAUAGCCUUACGUCUUAGGAAUCCACAGAAUCAAACGGUUUGCGAUUCCGUGAAGAAACGAUGGAGAUAUGCUCAAAAUACUGCAGGCUGUCCAAUUGUGACGGGAAUGACAAAGUUGGUGAAUUUCGAUAUUGUUUUCACUCCCGCUUAUCCGUUAGGUUUCGGCCGAUGAUUUCCAGGUCUGUACCUUUGCGUUAGACUUAUCGAACCAUUCAUUACAUACAUACAUGAACAUAUAUGUUGUUUCAUAUGUUAAAACCAUUCCAAUAUAUAUGUGAUGCAUAUAUAAGUUAUCUAUAUGUUGAGAUCAAAAUACACCAAAUCCAUAAAGUUAAUAUACACAUAAUUAAAUAUAAACUUUGGAAAUCAGCCCAACAAUAUGUAUAUGUUAAUCAAAGGUGCUUAAAAGACUUAAAGAAGUAUUUUGGGCACUCAAAAUAUCAAGAGAAAGGUUCGCAGACCCAAACGGUCGACGCAAACGGUCGACCGUCGUGUUAAAAAUCGAUACGGAACAAGACUGUCAGACCAACGGUCGACCGCCGGUGGCCAACGGUCGACCUCCGGUGGCCAACGGUUGACCGUCGCCUGUCCAGCCAAGUGCCGCCGUCCACCUCUAGUCAACAACGGUCGACCGUCGCGGUGAAUCUCCAAUCCGACCAGAUGAAGAUCAAGGUCGACCGUCGCGCCAAACGGUCGACCGUUCCGAGCCCCGUAGCUUAAUUAAAUGAUAUUUUAAUCAUGUUUCAUCCAAAUAAACUAUUGCAUCAUUAUAUAUUCAUAUUGUUUACAAAUUGUUCAUGUCAUAUCGUUCAUUUCAUCACACAUAGGGUUGUGCAUUA